GCGAGUGAGACGACGCACAACGCCGCGAACUUCUCCCUCGCAAUAUUGUUCGUGAUUUCGGACUGUUGCGAACCGACUGCGCCUGCCGCAGCCAUUUCUCACCGUUCCCCGAGUGCUCAUACCAGUGAAUACGUGAAAGACGGCAAACCAUCGAAGGAUUUACUGCGGAUCUACGCGUUCUGAGACUACCGUACAGAGACUUAUGCUUUAAAAUAAAACAAAAAAUUCAUUAUAUUUCCCCUCCAAUGACAUGAUGAAGAAUCAUGGCGAGCGAGAGCAUAUACAGCAAUCCAACUGAAGACCAGAGGGAGGACGCCAAUAAUGAGGGGUCGAUAGACGACGACAACAGUACAACAAUGAAGAUAGAUAGCCGCCUCAGGAAGAGCACUUCCGAGCCGCCGGCCGAGUGCAAAGUUCUCAUAGACCGCCUCAAAAAAUGCAAUCGCAUUCAGCUCCUGGAGGAGCUCUCCAAGAUCAGUACAUGGACCUUCGGAAAGUGCGAGCUUGGGCACUGGAAGGAGGUCCUCACCAUCUUUGACAAUGUACUAGACGAAGCCGCCGAGAACGAGCCCGGCAAUGGCUGGUCACUAAAAUGUGACAAAUUUGAUGGCUCGAUUAUCAAAGACCAGGACAAGAUGAAUAACCGUAAGCUGCUCCUAUGGAUACUCCAUUUCACAACCUUGCUUAUCGAGCACUCUUUUUCUCGACAUACCUACAAGUCGAUGGAUAAGCUAUUGGCUCUAUUGGCCGCCAGUGACAUGUCCGUUGUCCUGGGAGUGCUUAAUUUGUUAUACAUGUUUUCCAAGAGAAGUAACUUCAUCACAAGGAUGCAAUGCGAUUUACGAUCCUCACUUGUUUCGAGACUACACAAUUUAGCAGAGAGUUGGGGUGGAAAGGAAAAUGGGUUUGGUCUAGCAGAUUGCUGCAACAGUCACAAGACGAUGCCGCCAUCCGCUACCACGCUUCAUUUUGAAUUCCACAACGAUAAUAGCUCUGAUCGCGACAAAGAGUGCUCCAAAGAUGGAAAAGAUACAAAAACGGAUAAGUCCAAACAGAACAUGACCUACAUACACGUGGAACAUGUGGAUCAACUGAGAAAGACCCCAGGAGAAAUCAUGAAAGGGCUUCUUGCCAUUUACAAUGUACCCCCAGAAAAGGAGAUGUUAUUGUUUACACAUGUGAGAUUGGCAUACCAUUUCUCGCACUACAGAAAUCGACUGUUCUGCGUGCAGGCACGUCUGCAAGCUUUAUCAGUGUUGGUAUACGCCAAUGCUUUGCAAGACUCUGCCCAUACACUACUCUACAAUGGGCUAUUGGAAGAACUGGUAGAGUUGAUCGAACUGAAAUUACCAUUUCUUGUGGAAAUUCGUUCAGCUGCAUUACGCACUUUAACAUCUAUCAUUCAUCUGGAUCGCAAUCCACAUUUCCCAAAGAAACCCGGCUCAAGACUAAACAAUAUUAUAGAUGUAACAGGAGCAAGCCAGUACCACGGUUUCCUUCCGGUUUUGGUUCGCAACUGUAUUGCGUCCUUGACAAAUCCGAAUGAACAAAGCUUACCCAAGUGCAAGAAACUGUCCGAUUUGAAAUCUGUUGAAGGUGAUUAUUCAGAGUGUUCUGAUCCAUCCAUACUAUUGGAUAUGGUUUCAGACAUCGCAAUGUCCACAACAGUUGAGAACAGCAAGCUCCGAUUUCCGCUACCUUUAGCAACAGCUUUGUUUAGCUUUCUUUACCAUCUGGCGAGUUACGAAUCAGGCGGCGAUGCACUAGUUUCCUGUGGCAUGAUGGAAUCUUUGUUACAAGUUAUAAAUUGGCAUGGUAUUGAGCUGGAGCAUAUUACUUUUGUCACUAGGGCGGUUAGAGUGAUUGAUCUUAUCACAAACGUUGACAUGCAGGCUUUCUACACACAUGGAGGACUACAAAGUUUUAUUGAGCGACUUGAUGUUGAGGUGAAUUUAUGCCGUCAUGAGCAUACUUACGAAUUCAAAGCUACUUGCUCAGAAGAUGUUGACAAAGCAAGCACAUCAGAUAGUUGUACAUCGGAGGAAGAGCCGCCAACUUCUUUCACGCAAAUCAAUCCAGACAAUGUCGGAAAAACGUGCCUUCCUCAGAGGACUGCAUUAUUGAAAUCUAUGCUAAACUUCCUUAAAAAGGCGUUACAGGAUUCCACGUUUUCCGAACAUAUACGACAUCUAAUGGAAGGUAGUCUUCCAAAUUCAUUGAAGCACAUUAUAUCGAAUGCCGAAUACUACGGACCUUCGCUGUUCUUGCUGGCUACAGAUGUGGUCACCGUAUAUGUGUUCCAAGAGCCUAGUCUAUUAUCGACUAUUCAGGAUAACGGUCUCACCGAUGUUGUACUGCAAGCUCUACUCGUGAAAGAUGUUCCUGCUACAAGAGAGGUUUUGGCUUCUCUACCAAACGUGUUUAGUGCGCUUUGCUUAAAUGCCAGAGGUCUUGCUUCAUUUGUAAAAUGCAAACCAUUUGAACGGUUAUUUAAAGUAUUGCUGUCACCAGCGUAUUUGUCAGCUAUGAGAAAAAGGAGGAGCUCUGAUCCACUAGGUGAUGCUGCUUCAAAUUUGGGAAACGCCAUGGACGAGUUGAUGCGCCAUCAACCCAGUUUGAAAGUGAAUGCCACCUCAGCUAUAAUUAAAUUGUUAAAUGAACUUUGCCAAUUAGGAACCGACCCUAAAUAUGUCUGCUGGCGACCACAUAGUAAAUCUGAAGUAUCGCCUAUUAUAAGCCCACGAUCGGCUAAUAAUGCGGAUGGAAAUUCGUCUGAUGAGGAAGAUGACGAUGAAGAAGAAGCUUCGACGUCCUCGCAGAACGCCCAAGCAGAUACUCAAGAACAGACAAACUCCAGCGAAAAGCAGCCAAUUGCUCUAACUGAAUACAUACUUAACGUUACUAAGUUCAUCGACGCUAUAUUGAGUAAUAACUCCACGGAUGACCAUUGUAGAGAAUUCGUUAACCAAGGCGGUUUAGCGCCACUUCUCAGAAUACUGGGAUUACCGAAUCUGCCUGUAGAUUGUCCUGUUACAAAUUCCGCGCAGGCAGUAGCAUCUGUAUGUAAAAGCAUCCUGAAUUUGGCCCACGAACCUAAGGUUUUAGAACAUGGCCUUGCCCAGUUGAAUCAAGUCCUUCAAAAGUUGGAACCUCUGUAUUCACAUAUGGAUGUGCCAGGCGGAUCGAAAUUGCUCCAUGAGCUCGCCAAUGCUCCUCAUCUAGAGUCUGCUUUCAAUACCGCGUCAUCCACUCCACUUUUACACGCCAUGGGCGCUGCCCAUGGGUACGUACUGAUGUUUGUUCAUGUAUGCAGAACAGGCCAAAACGAAAUUCGUACACUGUCGUUACAACAUUGGGGAUCCGAGGAUGGUCUAACAGUGCUGAAAGGUUUAGCUGAGCUGUACACAUCCCUGGUUUGGGAAAGUACCUUGCUGUUAGCAUUGUGCAGCGACGAUGUGAUACCAUCCGAUUGUGAUUUUGGAAAAGAGGACAUGGAGAAGCUUAACGUUCCGCUCACCACCGAACCUAAGAGUGAACAAGUAUGUCAGCGUAUGACGCGCUCGCGAACUCGGGCACUAAAAGAAAAGCUAUACAGUUCCCGAUCCUGUUCCUCAUCCCACUCAGAACUUGCCCCUAAGUCUAAACGAAUUAAAUUGUGCGAAGAUUUCUGGGAAACCGGAGGUGAUACAGGGAAUGUAGCAUCAGCAAUGGAGGCCCUCACAACCAAUCCGUCAACAUCAUCGAUGGACGUCGAUUCUGAAGCAGCUACGAAUAACAAACCAACGAGUCAACAAUUAAAGUACAUUAAACCGUUAUUGGGAGCAUCUUCAAGACUUGGACGAGCUCUAGCCGAAUUAUUCGGUUUGUUGGUUAAGCUGUGUGUUGGAUCACCCAUCAGACAGAGACGGGGUCAAAACGUUGUUUCUCCACCAACUUUGCCGAGUGCAAGAUCCGUAGCAACUGCAUUAAACCUUUUAUUGGCCAAUGGAUUAAAUUAUCAAAAAUUGCCUCCAAGUCCUGUGCCGAAGUUCAGGCUUACAUUCUUGAUAUGCAGUGUCGGUUUUACGAGUCCAAUGCUUUUCGAUGAGAAAAGAUAUCCAUAUCAUCUUAUGCUCCAGAACUUUUACAAUCUUGGUGGUCUGGCCACGUUCUUCCGGGCAUUCGAGUGGGCACUCAGUGCUGAUGGAACUAUCGAUAUCCACACUGCAAUCGAAAAUAAAAGUUUACCAGAAGGAACUGGAGAGUUUCUGGAUGCAUGGCUAACGCUUCUAGAGAAAAUGGUGAAUCCAAAAGCAAUUUUGGACUCUCCUCACGUCAUCUCAUCUAGAGGUGGAGCAAAUGCUGGUAGAUCAUCGUUUGAUCCACUGAAAUAUUUGAUGCAAAUUCACUCUGAUGCCUUUACUGCUGUGAUGCUAUUGUGGGGAAAAAAGCCAUUAGCCAACUAUGGCGUUCGCAUGAGCGAGUCCAUCCUGACUAUUCUGAGACAUAUACUUAGGGGCGAGAAAAUCAUUCGUGAUCGCCUAAAUAAGUCUGACGAACCAACUAAAACUGAAGCUACCGCCCCAGCCGCUCCUACUACUGUACAAACAGCAAUCGCGGCGGAACCACCGGCCCCUCGGUUCGAAAACGACGUUAGUUCAGACAGCCUGAAUGCUUUAUUGGAGAUGGGCUUCUCCAGGGAUCCGGCUGUGGAAGCUUUGAUUCGUACGAUCAACUUGGAACAGGCCACAGAGUAUCUCCUGUCGAAUCCAGCAGCCAGAUCUACUCCGUCGAAUGAGUUCGAGAUGACCGAAGACGAUCAAGUUUCCCAGGCCAUCGCAAUGAGUCUCGGAGAGGCUGGCUCGUCUACACCUAAGAAAAAAGAGGUACCAGACGAACCUCAACCGAUCUCCGAGAAGCUGAUCGAUGGCUUUACGCACGGCGCUCUGGAUAUAGCCUUGGAAUUAAUUGAAGUCGUACCCGAGUCCGUGUUUAAGGUGUGCGAUCUGUUAGUCAUGGUGAUAAAGCGCAACGAAAAGAGAAUUGGACCCCAAUUUCGGGACUUCCUAUUAGAUAAAUUACUACUGGAAAUCUACGAUCUUUCUACUAAAAUAUUGCAAGAUGCUUCAGCUAUAAAGAUGGACGUCAAAGGUGAAUCGAAGUUGUCUCAACGCUUAGGACUCUACACUCAUCUCUAUACUCUGUUCUUCGAAGUGCCAGCUUACUUCGAUAUGCGCGGACCGUGUGGUCUGGCAAUCUACCGUUGCGAAUUGGUGCCGCAUUUCAUCAAGUUGUUGUAUUUAGCCGAAGAAGCAUUGACAGCUAACAAGAAGGCGGUGGUACCAAAGUGGUUAACUCCGAUUCUUCUACUGAUGGAUUCGUUAGGCAAAGUGUCCGUAAGCACACAGCGAAAAAGAAACAUGCAUUUGGUGACAAAGCGCAUUUGGAAAUGGUUCGACGUUGUUUCCGGAAAAUGGACAAAGUACUCUGAUGCCAACAAUAAGCUCAUCAACGAUGCUUAUUGGAAUGGUGAACAAACAGUGCGAAUCACAUGUGGCAGACGACGUUAUACCAUUAGUUUCACUAGCAUGCAGCAGAUCAAUGAAGAGAGUAACAAUAACCGACCUAUCAGCAUGACCCCCGUUAAUUUGUACAAGUUAACUGAAUUAAAAGGAAACGAGAACUACGAUGAAAUGGAAAUCGAGCAGGUUGCUUUAAGCGAAAAAGAAAAUGCCCGCUGUUUGUUUAUGCCUGGAUUCAGCAAAGAGCAGGCCGAGGAUAUUGUUAGGAGUUGCGUAACACUCAUGCAAUCCGACAUCGAUAAAGAUACAUUGCACGCUCUGAUGAGGGUUUGCUUAAGACUUACACAGGAUUUUAAGGUGUCUAAGAUAUUUGUUAAAGAAGGUGGAAUUGCAUGUUUAUUGCAAGUAAAAGAGAAAUUCGCGUUCAAUGGAUUCAGAACAUUGGCCACCUUAUUGAUACGGCACACCUUGGAAUCGCACGACAUUCUUGCCUAUGCCAUUGAAAAAGUAAUUCGUGGUCGGACUUUAAAUUCCCUACCUCCUUCAUAUAAGGAGAUGAUGUUCCUGCUACGUAGUAUUGGUAGUGCGAUAACAAGAAAUUCUGAUAUUUUCUUUGAAGUGGCGAAAAGAACUCUGAGGAUUGAUAAUGUUUAUCGUAGAAAUCCUCUCGAUGAGGAUGUGGAUGCAAGACUGCCUCUUGGAACAGAACCAACAACCAGGACGACAGCUCCAGUUAUGAAUGACGUCGAAUCAAUGAAAGUUGUAUUUACUCUCCUAAAUGCGCUCGUUAGGCCGAUCGAAGCAACUUUGAUUGUAGAUCAAGAGUUCGAAAAUUCAAGUAGAACCCAAACCACUAAUACAUGUGCUACUAUGUACCAAAGAGCCAGCGAUUUAUUAAGCAAUACUUCAUCUGCCAAUGACAUACUGAACCUCGAUAGUCAGGAUGAUCCUAGGUCGAAACUUACUAGGACAACAAGUGAGAUUGUCAUCGAAAACAAAUUAGAAUGUGAUUUUAAUCAACGACCUAUUUUGGCAAAGCAAAAUAUUUUGAAAAUUCUGGCUGAUGCAGUAGUAUCAUAUGCAGGAGUCGCUAAAUUGAUCACCGACUAUUCAUAUGAUCAUAAUUUGUUGGAUGAGCUCCAAGAGGACUGUACUUGCUUGGCAUUCCUCUUCGAUAAAAUUCUGCCAAUGGAUGAGCUAGUUUCUGAUAGAGAUUGUUCCAUGAUGUGCCGAUCGUUAAUCGCAGGAAUUGCUUCCUGUAACCAUGCUCCCGAUGCGCAAGCAUCGCUUGUCACUGAAGUGAAAGCAGCCCUCAUCCGAGCAUUGCUAAUGCCUGAGUCGACGGAAAAACAUGUCAGAAUACAACAUAUUACUGGCAUCAUUGUUGGCAUGAUAGAACAAUGCCCACCGGUACAGCAAGUUCGCUUCUAUAAAUCUCAAACAUUCAAUGCUAACGUGAACAAUAUCGCGAGAUUGAUGUUAAGGAAAGGUAUAUUUAAUGAUUUGGCUCGAGUACCCCAUUGCUUGGACAUGUCCAGUCCUAGUUUUCCUGUGACUAUUAACUCUGCUUUGAAACCGAUGGAAUGUUUGUCAAAAAUAGUCAACCAGCCAGUAACUGGAAACGUUGCUGGAAAUAAUGCCAAGAAGCGAAGACGAACUAUUAAUAUAGAAACAGUUGCUAGUGGAACCACCUCUACAGAUGCUACCAACGCGCAGGGCGAAGAAACAGCGGAGGACACAGAAAAUACUGAUCAUGAUAUUUCUGCUGUCGCCUCGAGUCUUGAAGGAAAUGCCAUGUCAUCAAAUACCAGGGAUCACGUUUUGGAUGAAAUAAUGGAACAACUAUUGGAUAGUGGACCAGAAGUUGAGGGAACAAUGGAAAUCGAUGACCCGAUCCAUGAGACCUACGAGAACGAACCCGAUGCUACGGUAAGGGAAGAAUUAAUGAGCACUGACUCUGGGGAAUCUGAAGAGGACGUAGAAGAAGAUGAGAAUGAUGACAAUGAUCCAGAUGAUGAGGCUGUCAAUAAUGAUGUUGAUGCGGAGGAUGACGAAGAAGAAGAUGAUGAUGAUGACGAUGAUGAUGAUGAUGACGACGAAGAAGAAGAUGAGGAAGAGGAGGAUGAAGAUGAUGAGGAUGAUGAUGACGAUGACGACGAUGAUGAUGAUGAAAACGACGAGGAGGAGCUAGAUGAUGACGAAGACGAACAGGAAUUUGGAGAAACUACUUACGAAAACGCUCCGAAUGUGGAUAGAGAUGAAGAUAUUGUGAUGAUACAAUAUGCUGAUCAUCAUGAAACCGAUGAAACGCUUCCUCUGGUUAGGUGGAACGAUAACGGGUUCGCAAUUCCUAUACUAGAUGAUUCUCGUACCACCACCGACCAAUCAGCUCCAGCUGUACAUCCUUUGCUUGUCUCGAGACAUAAUACUGAAACAGUUGCUAAUCCCGUGACCCGUACCCAAAGGACCAAUCGCGCACGCCGAUAUCAAUAUCUGCAGCUUAAUACAAGAAAUACGAAUCCUCCAGUAAUACUGCAAAGAUUACUUGGACCAGCUGGACAAAAUAUUCAUCUUCCGAACUUUAUCCCAGCGUCUGGUAUGGUCGGUGUAAGUAACAUCAGCAGAAGUGAUUCUGCUAGAGUUCUCGUAAUGGAUAACUUCGGAAUCUUUCCUUCCGUCGAAGAACAAAUUGAUUUCGUUGACCAGACUGGCUAUUUUCUGGGUCACAACAUGAUGGCUACCAUCAAUCAUAUACCCGUCGUUCUACAUUGGUGGAAGGAAGAAUCCCGAUUUGUAGAUGGUGAUUCUACACAAGACAUCAUCACUUACAUAAGUAAUAAGCUAAUACCGAAUCUCAUCAAACUCAGGAAUGCUGAAAUAAAUGAACGCAAAAAGAAAUUAGAACAAGACUCGAAGUCUACUAAACCAACUAAUAAAACAGAUGAAGAGCCCAAAGAAGAAACAUCCGAUGCAUCUAUGAACAUGGCAUUCCCUUCUGCAACAGCAGCUAUGGUUGCAGCGAUGGCUGCGGCAUCUGCACCACCCAGUGUUGCUGCGGCAACUAGACAACUUCCUGCUGCAACACGUGCAGAAAUUAACGAAGCUUUGGAAGGAAUCGGUAUAGAGAGGGGAAUCAUAGGAACAAGACGCCGUAUGACGAGAACUGGUACAGUACCCAACUGGCCAAUGCCAAUGGGUUUCAGUUCAGAACUCGACAUAAACCCUAACAUGCUAUCAUCCUUAGCACGUCACAGCAGCCCUCCCAUAUUGGAAGUACUGCAAAUGAGAAGAGGCGAAGAGCCAGCUGGCGAUGCAGAUGAAGAACAAGACGAAGAUCAAAUGGAAGACCUUCAGACUGAGAGCCGUAGGCUGGCUGCUACUUUCCGAAACAUAUACAAUCAAACAGUCGGUCAACCUCCUGCUGCUGCCGUGAAUACUAGUACAACAUCCACUAGCACAAGUACCAGUACUACUGCAACAGAAUCAUGUCAAACUGAAAGCCAAGAACGAGCUACUGCUGCUGCUACAGAGACAGCCACACAAGCAAGUACAAGCAGCUCAGAAAGUCCCGCAACAUCGGGUCAAUCUGUACGUAAUGCUGACGGCGAAGAGAUUCCAGAGGGCGUAGAUCCCUCCUUCUUGGAAGCUCUUCCCCCGGAAAUGAGGAGAGAGGUGAUCGAGCAGCACAGAAUGCUGCGCCUCCAGCAGCGUGUAAGCAUGGGAGGUUCGGCGGCAGGUGAUCAAAGUGUUGCUGGUGGUUCAAGUGAAGUAAGUCCAGAAUUUUUAGCCGCCUUGCCGCCUUCUCUGCAAGAGGAGGUUCUAACUCAACAACGGUUAGAACAGCAGAGGCAAGCUGCGGCCCGUGCCAAUCCAGACGAACCUGUUGACGCAGCUUCGUUCUUCGAAACACUGCAACCUUCUUUGCGUACAAUGAUCUUAUCUGACAUGGAGGACUCUCAAAUGUCAGCUCUACCACCAGAUCUAGCCGCAGAAGCUCAAACUUUGCGUCGCGAUUGGGAAGCACGCAACAGACAAGUACAAGAGCGCUUCCUCGAAGCUAAUCUAACAACUAUUAUCAGGCAUUCUGCAAGAGGUAGACUGGGCUCCCGCUUCAACACGACACACUUAUUACCACAGUGGGCUCAAAGGCCCGAUUUCACAACUAUUAGUGCCAGUGGCCAUUUCAAGAUACGCGGACGUCAGCUGCUGGAUCACGAGGCGUUAUCAUGUAUGCUAAUCCUGUUAUUUGUCGACGAUCCAAAGUUGAACACUGGAAGAUUACACCGAGUCAUCAGGAACUUGUGCUACCACGUUCCUACCAGAGAUUGGGUGAUUAAGGCAAUACUUUCUAUUAUUGAACGCAGUGUGCACACAAAACUGGACGAUAAUUUGAACAAACCAAAGAAAAUACCGAAGCCCGGUCCACUAAGCAGCAAACUGACUACCGAUGCCAAAAAUAUGGGCAAUGGCGCAAAUUGGCUGAAUAUCCGCAUGGAAGCGGCACUCGGCUGCCAUGCCAAUGUAUUUAUUGUCAACAGAGCAUCAGGAAAACGCACAGAGAAGAACGCGAGCAAUUCAACUGUCAGCAUCCAUCCUCAAGCAGCUCCGGUGGUGUGCAGGAAUGCUUUGGACCUAUUUGUAUCGUUGUCCAGAAGUUUUCCUAGCUACCUGCUGCCUCUUAAAUUUAAAGAUAAAUCCAAAGCGUCUGCAAGUAACAGCAAAAAACAUGAAGCCACAGACUUUUGGGAAAUGUUGUUAAAGUUAGAUGCAGCUAGCACCAAAAAGGGCAAAUGUUUGAACAAAGGUCACAGUAAUUUUAAUAUGUGCAAUGAUGUAGAAAAUCUGACGCAGUCUUUCGAGCAAUCGCCGUUCGGUCAACUUAUCGGAAUGCUAUCUUCCAAUGUCAUUUGCGGAAGUAUUCAGUUAACUGAUAAACUUCUGAAAUUGUUAUCAGUUAUAUCGCAGGGUAUGCCAGAGAUCGUCAAAGAAGAUUCUUCGGCCUCUAAGAAUUUGGUUCAAAAUUAUGAAAGCGCUUCAGCUCCAGAAGGCGCACUCAAUUUGGCUGUUAAUGUGUUGACUUAUAAGAGUUGUUCUGAAGAAGGAUUAGAGGAGGUUACUACACUACUAUUGAAUUUAUCAAACUGUUCGUUAGACAUGAGUCAUUCCAUACUGAGUUUACUCUUGAACGGUGCCAAAAGAAUAGGCGAAAUAGUCCGUGAACAAAUAAUGGAAAUGUUAAACGAGUUACAGGCGACUCACACCAGCCAAAAACCUAAGGUGACAGAAGACGCGUCUGCACCAAGCACGUCGAAAGGAGUUUUGUCCAACAGAUUCACCAAUGAGCAUGUCGUUAUUUCAGCAUCGACUAAAGUUAAGUCCGCAUGCGAUCUGCAACUUCCCUCAAUGGCACCUCUAACGUCUAAAUCGUCCAGUCAGGUAUUCUUUUUGAGAGUACUUCGCGUUAUUGUCCAGAUAAGAGAAGCUAUCGUUAAGAAGGGUUCUGAGAACGAUGAAACUCCAAUAAUUUUGUCUCCAUUAAGCGAUCAAUUAGACGAUAUGGAAGGACUCUGGCAAUCUUUGAGUUUAUGUUUAUUGGAGUUGGAGCAUACUCCUGAUCAUCAUGCCGUCCUUGUUUUACAACCAGCGGUGGAAGCUUUCUUCCUAGUCCAUUCACCGCAGCCGGAUGUGUCAUUAACAGCGCUUAAGACUGCUGCAGAAGCAUCGGGAUCAAAUGAACGAGAGGAAGCAUUCCCAGCAGCUGUUGGGACGGAGCUUCCCGCUACAGAUGGAACCAGUGGUCGUGUUAGCGUUCCUCCAGAUCAGCUUAAAUUCUUGAACUUCGCUGAAAAACAUCGAACAGUCUUAAAUCAAAUUUUACGUCAGACAACUGCACACCUCGCCGAUGGACCAUUCUCAGUUCUUGUUGAUCACACAAGAGUGUUAGAUUUUGAUAUCAAGCGGCGCUACUUUAGAACCGAAUUGGAGCGUCUCGAUCAGAAUUUGAGACGCGAGGAAACUGCCGUUCAUGUAAGAAGAGAACACAUCUUUGAAGAUUCAUUCAGGGAACUAUACAGACGCACUCCCGAAGAAUGGAAAAAUAGAUUCUAUAUCGUUUUCGAAGACGAAGAAGGUCAAGAUGCUGGUGGGCUUUUGCGCGAAUGGUAUGUAAUAAUAUCCAGGGACAUAUUCAAUCCAAUGUAUGCGCUAUUCACUGUCUCCCCCGGAGAUAGGGUGACUUACAUGAUUAACUCAGCAAGUCACUACAAUCCUAAUCAUCUUUGUUAUUAUAAGUUUGUGGGUAGAGUUAUCGCCAAGGCAAUUUACGACAAUAAGUUAUUGGAAUGCUACUUUACCCGGUCUUUCUAUAAACACAUCCUAGGAAUUUCUGUCAAAUACACUGAUAUGGAGAGUGAGGACUACAGUUUUUAUAGAGGCUUAGUCUACUUGAUGGAAAAUAACAUCGACAACCUAGAUUGUGAUUUGACAUUCAGUACCGAGAUUAACGAGUUUGGAGUCACCGAAACCAGAGAUUUAAUUCCAAAUGGAAGAAACGUUUCCGUAACAGAGGAAAAUAAAAUGGAAUACGUUAGAAGGUCGUGCCAGAUGAAAAUGACCGGAGCCAUCAGACAACAGCUGACAGCAUUCCUGGAAGGUUUCUACGACAUCAUCCCCAAGAGACUUAUUUCAAUAUUCAAUGAACAAGAGUUGGAACUCCUAAUAUCCGGCCUUCCCAACGUGGAUAUCGAGGAUUUAAAAUCGAACACUGAAUACCACAAAUACCAAUCUAAUUCCCUUCAGAUUCAAUGGUUCUGGCGAGCUUUACGAUCGUUGGACCAGGCCGAUAGAGCAAAAUUCCUUCAGUUUGUGACUGGUACAUCGAAAGUUCCUUUGCAAGGAUUUGGUGCCCUCGAGGGCAUGAAUGGAGUUCAGAAGUUCCAAAUACACAGAGAUGACCGUUCAACUGACAGAUUACCAUCGGCGCAUACCUGCUUCAACCAGUUGGAUCUACCAGUCUAUGAAACAUAUGACAAGUUGCGCUCAUAUUUGCUGAAAGCAAUUCAUGAGUGCUCAGAAGGCUUCGGCUUUGCUUAAAUUAUAAAUGUUCUCUUUUUCACUCUUAAUUCUUUUUGUUUUGAAGACUGAUCAGUGUGUUAAGGUGUCCAAUUAAUGGUCUUAUGAGGCACAUGUAUUUCUCAAUGUGACAUUACUUAACACUCCACAAAUAUAUAUAUAUAAAUUUAUAUAUAUAUAUAUUAUCUGUUAAAAGAAACCAUAUAUAUAUAUAACAAAUAUUUUUCCUUUUAUGUAAAUAAGUUAUAUUUGAGUGUACAGAGCUAAUAUUUUGCAAUGUAAAUUAUAAGAUGUUAGCGCAAAGGGAAGUUCUACACUGCAAGGGUUUAAAAAAAAAAGAAUAACAUGAAAACGAAAAAGUAAAAUUUGCGAUGUUUGUGAUCCUCUUUAGUUUACUCCUUAUUUAUGUGUAUAAAGUUUCUUCAAUUCAGAGGCACACGUAUUUUUGUAAAGAGGGCCGAAUGGCAUUUUGACGUGAUAGAUUGAAUUUGAAUGAUCCUCAGAUUCACUCCUUUAUUGUUAAAUUUUAAGAAUGAAUAUUUUCUCUAUUUUCUUUGAUUAU